AUGUCGGAUUCUACACAGGUAUCAAAUACUCAUGCUGAUGAAGCAAAAAGAGUAAGACUUUUAGAAGAUGCCCGGGAUAAUUUAGAAUUCGCCAAAGAAAGUGGGUAUAAACCUGAAUUAAAACGAGGGUUUAGCUUGAUUUCUCUUUUAGGAGUUGGGUUUGGGUUAACGAAUAGUUGGUUUGGUGUUUCCGCUUCUUUAAUCACUGCCAUCAAGAGUGGAGGACCCAUGAUGAUUAUCUAUGGGGUUGUUAUCAUGACUUUUAUUGGGAUGUGUACUGCUUGCACUCUAGGUGAAUUGGCCAGCGCAUUACCCAAUUCAGGUGGUCAAUACUAUUGGACUCAAAAGCUUGCUCCUAAGAAAUAUGCCCGGUUUAUGUCAUAUUUAUGUGGUUCAUUCGCAUGGGCUGGAGCUGUUUUCACUUCUGCUUCGGUUACAGUGGCAAUUGCAACUGGGGCCGUUGGUAUGUAUUUGAUUAGUUAUCCUGAGAAGGAAUUUCAGAAAUGGCAAGUUUUCAUUGCUUAUGAAUUGGCCAAUUUGUUCCUUGUGGGGUUCAAUUGUUUUGAAAAACCACUCCCUCAUAUUUCCAAAGCUUCAUUAUACAUUUCAUUAUCAUCUUUUGUGAUUAUCACCAUAACUGUUUUAGCAAUGAAUAAUGAAGGAUUCAGAAGUGCGAAAUAUGUCUUUGUUGAUUUCACCAAUGAUACUGGCUGGCAUGUUGGAGCCAUUGCAUUCUUUGUGGGCAUGAUCAAUCCCAACUGGAGUUUCCUGUGUUUGGAUGCUGCCACUCAUAUCGCAGAAGAAUCUUCUCGUCCUAGAGUGGAUGUUCCCAAAGCUGUUAUUGGUACUGUAAUUAUUGGUUUCCUUACUUCCUUCCCUUAUUCAAUUGCUGUGUUCUUCUGCUUAAAAGAUUUACCAGCUAUCCAAAACUCAAAUACCGGGGUACCCAUUAUGGAUCUUUACUAUCAAGCAACUAAGUCUAAGGCAGCAGCUGUUGGAUUAGAGUUUCUUGUUUUCUUUACUGCUAUUGGUUGCAACAUUAAUUGUCAAACUUGGGCAUCUCGCUUAGCUUGGAGUUUCUCGAGAGAUAAUGGAUUACCUGGUUCUAAAUGGUGGUCAAAAGUUAAUAAAAAGACUGGUUCUGUUGUUAACGCACAAAUAAUGUCAUGUUGUUGGAGUGGAAUUAUUGGUUUUAUUUAUUUGGGUUCAGAUACUGCUUUCAAUUCCAUUUUAGUUUGCUGUUUGCUUUUCUUACAAAUUUCAUAUGUUCUUUGUGUUAGUUGUUUGAUCUUUAAGAGAAACCAGAUUAAACCUGGUCCAUUCUGGUUAGGUAAACUUGGGUUAUUCUGUAAUGUUGUUGUUAUUUGUUGGUUCUUAUUCACCUUUACCUUUUAUAAUUUCCCCGCGGUUGUACCCGUGAAUGCUGGGAAUAUGAAUUACUCAUGUGUGGUUAUUGGACUUUAUUUCACUUAUUGUGUCUUGGACUGGAAUUUAAGAGCCAAAAAAUCAUUCAUUGGAACCGAGGAACAAGAGGGCAAUGUAGAACUAACGAAUGAACUAUCAAGAGAAAUGUCUCAGAUUGAAGCUGUAUUGUCAAAUACUGGGGAGAAACGUGUUUAA